CGAACCGCCGUCGCUCCUCGGCCCCGGAUUGGUCGGACUGCCGGAGCUCCUCGCCUUCUGAUUGGUGGACUCAGAGAUUUAAAGCAGUGGCGCUGUUUGCUUCGGGGGAUUUAAAGCUUUCACAUUCCGUUUUUCCCGAUUUUCCGACCUACGAAAGGAUAAUCGAAUCGGGAGUCGCGCGGGGAAACAUGGAAGAUGACAACGAAGGUUUGAAAGACUUGAUAUUGGAGGAAUUGACGCGUCUGGGCGUGCAAAACACCUCAGAGAGCAAGGCUAGCCAAGGGGGCAGCAGACUCCUCACCAUCAACUACAACACCAAUGCUUCUAAGUCCGGUAAACUCAAGUCCAAAGGCAAGAGGAGUCCCAGGGCGUCGUCGGCCAAGAGUCCCCACACGAAACAAGGCCACUCGAAAGGGCGGGAUGACAGGAAACACACGCCCAAGUCCCCCUUUGCAGCCGCCAAGAGGAAGGCUGAGCUGCGGAAGCAAAAUGCGAAGGAAAAAGGACUAGUGUUUGGGAGAGAGCUAGGGCAUGUUCCCUCAGUAUGCGUGUACAUGAGUGAUGGAACUCAAGUUACCGUCGCAGAGUUCCUUGUGGACGUUUGCAAUCUCAUCCGCAGAAAUAUCACAGUUGAAGGCAUUUUUCGCAAGGCUGGUUCAUCACAGAGACAAAGUGAUAUUAAGAAAUUGAUUGACAGUGGAAGCAGUCUUCCCAAUAGCGUUCAUGUCAUAGAUGGAGCAUGUCUCUUGAAGCAGUUUCUGAGGUCACUGCCAAAUCCACUCUUGUCCUCAGAAGUUCAUAACAAGACCAUAAAAUGUAUGCAACUGGGAAAAGAGGCAAGGACAGAAGCAGUGACGCUUUGCACAAUGUUAUUACCCCUGGCUAACAGACACACACUUGUCUAUCUUAUGGAUUUUCUUUCAGAUGUUGUUGCCGCAAGUGGAAGCAACCUGAUGGAUGCGCAUAAUUUGGCAAUAGUGUUAGCACCCAACCUCCUGCCAACAUCCAUCACAGUGAACAAUAGGAAAGGUGCAGCAGGGCCCUUGCAUUCAGAAGAUGCCAUGCUUGCAACUAAUAUUGAGAUUUUGCAGUUAUUAAUAGAGAAUGCUCCAAGGUUGUGUCGUCUGCCAAACAAUGUAGCACUCGCUUUGGAGCACCGGGAACAGAGCAGAUCAACAGAAAACUUGCUUACACCAAGUGAACCCCAUCCUGCUACCAGGAAAAAGCGUCGCAGUGCCUCAAUACACAGAUUGAUGACGGGUCUGCGACGCGUGGUGGGCCAUUCCUCGGGUGGUGGUGGCUCUCCCAUCCGCAUGUCAGGGAGUGCUGAAUGCCUAGACUCUCUCCACCUCCACCCAGGUAUUGCUCUGUCCCCAAUGCCAGGAUCCGGGGGUUCGCCAAGGAAGCGCAAGUCCUCCGAUGCAUUUGAUCUGGGUCUAGAAGCCUGCAGGGACCCAGCUGACCACCUCCAGGGGCCCAGUCCGCCAUCCCACAAGAGGGCCAAAGUUGAGGGUCAUGGGGGCAAUGUAGGGGCUUCUGCUACUACUACUGUGGAUGCUGCAACUAGUUCUGUCUCUUCUAUUCCUCUUACUGUAAACCCCUUUGCCUCAUCUGCGAAGUCAAGGUCCAAAAUGGGCCAACCAUUCACCAUUAAAGAAAUUCCAAGCACGUGGGAUGUAUUCCCCCAACCAAGCACACAACCCUCCAUCAUGGGCUACUCCAAGUCGAGUCUCAAGAGAUCUAAUUCAGCGAAGGCCAGCGCACUCCCCAAAUCCCCGGGCACUAACCUUCACACAAACCACCAGGGUGUGAGCAGGAAAAGUCUUGGUCGCACAGAGCACAUUGGGAACAGAGCUGUGAUCUCAAAGACAAGUUUGGAUAUUGCCAAUGCAUUGGCACCGGUGAAAAUUGGGAACAGAGGUUUGAUCUCAAAGACAAGUUUGGAUAUUACCAAUGCAAUGGCACCGGUGAAAAGACCAGUUGUGAAGAGAAGAAGCUGUGAUAUACCUCUAAGGAGCAGUGAAAUGAGAGGAAGCAUUUCUGAAGACCCAACCUGGAUGAGGCGUCGAAGCAGUGGGAACUGGAGGAAAAAGGAGAACGAACCUGAUGGUGAAGAUGUUUCUACUUUGGGACCACGUGGGGUGCCAGAUGGGGCCGAGUGUAUUUUGCGGGAUAAAGUGAAGCCAACAGCAGCUGUUGCUGAUACAGUAGAAACUUUGGAACAGCAGUAUGAUGACAUUAAGUCUGUAGUUAAAAAUAUGGAAGAGGAAGUUGACAAGAACAAUGUACAGCAGUUAAAAGAGACCUACUUCCCAGACAGUUCUUCAUUAUCAGCACAGAAUAUGAGCUACUCAGAAAUGAUUCAGAGUGCCUAUGAGCGAAUGAAGGUUGAAACAAAGGACCUGGAAAUUAGCCCUUCAGACAAUUUAUCAAAGAGAUUAGGGAAGGAGCUCAAAAUCAGAAAUCGCAGGAGCAGUGAGCAUAGGGUCAUUCGAUCCCCUAGUGAGAGAAAGAUUGGUACCAUUAGGAGACGCUCGAGAGAACUUGUGCAGAAUGCAGCAAAGAGCCUUAUUAAUGUAGAGGAUACCCCAGCUAAUAAACAAGUUCAGACACCAAGGAUGAAAGGGGCUCUCAUGCAGACACCUAUCAGUACAGCAUUAAAAAGGGGGAGGCCAAACUCGGUGAAAUCAGGUCUUCCGUUUGUGGUGAGGGCUUUGAACAUUAGCUCAGAUUCAGUAAUGCCAGUUGAUGAAACUCCAAAUUCAAGCCGCACAGUUGUUGUCAACAGGAGAAAUGGUGAACAGGAGCAGAUUCAGCGUUUACAGAUUACAAAUCAGAGCUUAUACAACAGGUCAAAUGAACGAGAGAAGAUGUUUGAAAGUUCUGAGAUGUCUGGGCUAGAAAAUACAAAAAAUAAUUUGUCUCUGAGUAGUAGCUUACCUGCAUUAAACACUGAUGAUAGUCUAAUGGGAAGUUUUCUGGAGCAGUUCCCUGGACCAAUGACACGUAGGCGGUCUAGUAUUUUGUCGGCUUCCGCAAAUUCAUUGCUUUUGAUUCAUUCUGCUGAAAAUUCAGUCAGCAUUGAUAACAAGGGUGAUAGCGGAAUCACCAUGAGCAGUCAUUCCAGUGAGUGUAUGGAUGUAGAUGAAGAACUCAUGAAUAAUAAAGAACAAAUGGGUAGCCAAAACAAGUCAGCUGUUUAUGCUCUCCCAGCUGUUGUGGUUCCAGAUUCCGGCAGAGAUGAAAGUUGGGUAGCUGCUGCAGAUUUCAUUGAUCACAUUGAGGAUAUAGAGGAUGAACAAGAGGGUGUUGUAAGUGAGAAUGCAGGAAGGCCAUCACUAGCAGCACUCAUGAAACAGAAAAAGGUGACAGCUAAUGUGCGAUUGUUCAGCAAUUUAGAAACUGCAACUCCUGCUCAGAGGAGACAGUCAAGAGUACGUAACACUCCACAGAGACUGCCUCCACAGCGUGGUGCAAACUCGGAGUGCAGAGGAACAAAACUCAAACACACAAAGAGUAUGCCUUAUAGAUCUACCAUGACCCCACGAGAGCUGCUGAAGGCAAGGCAAAAAUCAUUCCAUUUUGAUAAAUCUCCACACAAUCUUGCGAAAGUUGCUGUAGUGUCUCCACUGAAGGAAAGCACAUGGAUAAAUAUUCAGCAGGAGCAUUCUAGGGAAACAACAAAACCCCACAGGGGUGAAGCAACAACCCCACAGCGGAAAUUCCACAAUGAUGAGGAAGGCUUCAAGACACCCAUCAUACCAAGGAAUUUUCUGCGUAGCCAAAGUACAAAGUCCCCAGGGACACCAUUUAUAACCCAAGUUGAGACUCCCUCCGCCCAGCCACCUAAACUGCCUCCAAGAGCAAGUGUUAAACCAUCACCCAUACGUGUUCAAUAUAGAUAAAUAUAAAAAGCUCUCAUGAUAUUAGAUGAAUAUAAAAAGCUCUCAUGAUGUUAGUCAUGUUAUUUCAGUUUGGUUUUCAUACGUCUUACUUUUGCUUUACCUGAAAUGCCAUUGCUUUGCAAAUUGAAUUGUUUUAAGAGAAAAUUAAUAGAUUGUAGCUUAGUUUCUAAAUAUCUUUGACAUCCUUUUCCCUGUGGAACAUUCCUUUGAAUUAUCUUUUAAUACAUUUGUAUUUUCAUCACUUUUAGAUUUAAUUACAUUAUGAUACACCUGAAAUAAACAAAGCUGGUACACCAGAAAUAAACAGUACUGUAUUUUUGAUGGUUGCCAAUUGAUUUUUAGGUAUUGCAUCAUUCCAUAUUUUCACGCAAGAUCAUACUCUCAUACUACAAAUCUACUGAUUACCCCAUGUUUUAGGUCAUUUUGCUAUGUAAUUAUUUUAUAAGAGAUUUAUAUCAUAUGCUUUGGUUCAGUCCAACUUGUUUUUCUUUUAUCUUUCAACAAAGGGAUUUGUUAAAAGUCUUGUUUUAUAAAAUCUGUGCCAUACUAAAAAAAAAAAAUUUUUUUUUAGAUUAAGUGGAUCAGGACUCAAAAGUCUGUUAGCUUUGUAUUUUGACUUUGCCACAGACGCUCAAUAAAUUUUUAAAGAGAUUGAUUUUGUUUUUUAUAUAAUUUGUACACAUUUCAUUGUUAUGAUAAACUUAUCUUUUAUUUGCUUAUUACUGCUCAGUAAAUUGGAUGACUACCAUUCUAACUGAUGUUUAUGCAUUUAAAAGUGAUCACAUCAUGGACAUAUUUAUUUCAACUAUAAGCUGUCUCUUGCAGCUGCAUUUAAGACCUUUAUUAACUGAGCACUGGCAAUGAAUAAGACACAUGGAAUAAAGAUUGAUAUCCUAAACAUUGAUAUUGUGUGAAUGAUAAGUAAAAAAAAAAGGCAUUGAGAACAAUGUAUAACUUUUGCAACUGCUUAUAAUAAACAUUUUGCCAGAUGUUAUAUACACGUGCAUAUUAUGAGGAUUUAAUUUAGGCGAUAAGUUAAUCAGAUAAAUUAAAAGACGAGAGUGCAAAAAUAUUACUCGUUUAUUCCUCAAAACAUUUCGGAGGUCCUACCCAGUCAUGGCAUUCCUGUUUUUAGAAAUGGAGUAAAUUUAUAACAUUUUCCGCAAGUAAUGACCUCUUGCUUUAAUAUCUAGUCUGAAAACAAAAGCAGUCCCAUCAUGCAAAAAUGUAACAUACUGGAAAAAUCGAGCACAUUUACGCUCUGCCGUAAAAAAUGAAAUUACAUGUAUCUAAACGUCUAAACAUGUUGGUUAACUUAUUUUAUAAUGCAAGUGUUAUUUUGUAUAACUGGUCUUCCCAUGUCCUUGACCUUGUAUUCUAAUAUACCCUGUACUCAAAACCAUUAGCUUCUGUGCAUUGUUCCUUGCCACUCACAUGGUGUGUAUGGUAUUUAAUUUGUGUUAAGUUUUAAUAAAAUAAUAUGCCUUA